AUGACAUUCCUCAAAUCCCUUCUCCUGGCGAUAAUGCUAUCUAUCGCCUCGAACGCCGCAGAAACCAGUUGCCCAGUAGGCUGGCUCUCAAACACAUUCCACGAGACCAAAUGCUGCGCCGGCACCAUGGUCAUCGAUGAACAAGGCGCCUACUGCUGCGUCAACGACAUGAGAGCUUACAAAGAAUCACUCACCAACACAGCACUGCUAUAUGCCACCCCCACGGCGACCGAAGAGACCAACUGGUCCACGGUGGAUAACUCUUGCGUCGCAGAGGUCCGCUUCACGGCGACCGACUACUCGGCGCAGGUUUCGUCGGCGUCCAGCAAGGCUGAGGCUACUCCCACAAAUGAUUCAACGAGCAAGGUCGCCACUAGCAGUACGACUUCUGGAGCUACCACUGGUACCGGCUCGCAGACUUCCACUUCGACUCUAACUUCGACUUCGAGUCCGACUCCGACUUCAAAUGCGGCUAUGCCGCUUGCUACUGCUGAUGUGCUUAAUGGUGCGGCAUUUGCUGCUGCUCUUUUCAUGCUGUGA